AUGGUCUUCUACGUCUUGGUGGCCGGAUUGCAGGCACGACCUACACCAUCUGAUUCUGUCGGCGUUUUCGAGCAUCUGCCGGGAGGAGAGGCCAACUUGGCUCCCCUGCCCGGGCAAGAGAAAGAGCAGAAGACCGUCGUUGACGUCCUUGAGGUACGUGCCACCAAGUUCUUCCGUGCAGUAGGAGCUGGCGCCGGCCUGGAGGAUGGCGCUUUGAGUGCAUUUGAGGCACCCUUGGUCCAAAGCAUGAUUGCCUGCUGGUACUUCAGGUGGGAUGCGACAGUGUCGGGCAGCAACCAGGGCGGCCAGUUCCGAGGGUUCCUUCUCUUGCCCUUCUCUCGAGGGCAAGUGCGCCCCUGGCUCGGGCAGCAGUGGCUUCUACACCGCUGGGCACCCAGCUUUGUAGUCAUUCUCCUGUGCCGCGACCAGGCAGCAGCAGAUGCCUUGUACAAGGCAAACCACGGGAGGCUCUUCAUCUCAGGUCAGGAGUCGCAGAGCAGCAGCGCUGGCAAGGCCGAAUCUCGAAGCGCGGGUGCAUGCUGCUACUUGACAUUUCUGGAGGCUAUCGUCUACGACUUCAACUCUGGCGACCCCAGUGAUCAGAUGCAACCGAAUUUGGCGAGGGCGGACUCGGACGAGACGGAUGAACACCUCCGGAACAUCAUACCCAGCACCGCCUACGACGAACUGCCUUCGUGUCCGGUCUGCAUCGAGCGCAUCGAUGUUUCCGGCACAGGUAUGGUCACGCAUAGCCACGGCUGGAUAUCUGACGAUGCGCAAAAUGGCCGCCCGCCCACCUGUCGGGCCUGCGCGGUCAUCGCGACGCGUCCAGCUACUGACCGGCCUGUCGCUUGGGUCGUAGGCCACCGAAACGCGGGCUAUCAUGCACCUGCUGCCCCAAGGACCUUUGGGUAUGCCUCAUCUGUGGCCACCUGGGAUGUGGAAGAUACCAAGAUGCCCAUGCGAAGGAUCAUGCAACAGACCGGCGUCAUCGCUUCUGCCAGCUUCCAGCUGGCCACUGGCCGGAUCUGGGACUACGAGUGUGAUGUUUUCGUUCACCGCAGGCUGGUGCAACAAGCCGCGGCUUCCGGUGGUUGGCGCUGCCAGCUCCAGCCGCCGGAAGCCUGGCAAGACACCGCAGUACAUCAGCGGCGAAGCGGCCUCCUCUGGAUCAAAGGCCGAGCUGUGACCCACACGCAGACUGCAGUCAGCUCCGAUUCUGCUCCCUCCCGCUGCCAGCAGCAUCUGCUCUCCAUGGAGCUGGAUGCGAUCCUGGCAUCCCAGCUCGACUAUCAGCGGUCGCUCUACGAGGCUCAGCUGACGGAGCUGCACCAACAGCACGGCGAAAUCGUGGAAGGGCUCAAAGAAGCCCGAGAGGCCGAAGAGCUUCGAGCACAGAAUUGGCAAGUCAGCGUCCCAGAGGGCCCUCAGAGAAUUGCAGCGAUCUUUCUGAAGAGCGCUUGUCGAAAGGCGGAGAUCGAAGCUGCUGAGAAGCAUAAGAAGGUGCUUGAGAAGCAGCUUGUGACGGCGCAGCGCAACUUGACAGAAGCUCAGGAGCUGAACCAAUCCCUGCUGGCAAAUCGACGGGACAUGGCAAAGCUGGGCCCUGAGUUGCGGAAGGAGCUGAACUGGUCCCUGUUUCUGCUGCACUUUAAGCCUCAGGCAGAGUCUUCUUCCCGGCCGGCCAAGGGGGAGAGAGCAGUCAAGGCGGAAGACCCGCUGCUCCUGCGCCUUCGUGAGCAGGUCAUUGACGCUUGUUCUGUCGACGUCCCUGCGCUCCCAGAUACCAAAAGAUGCACUGAAACUGAUUCGGCGUUUCUCCCGAGCUGCAGAGCUGCGCAAGCAGCCAUGGACUCUGAGGUGACUUCGAGACCUGGAUGGCUCCGGGAAGAGGAUGCGGCCUUGAUCGAGGAAGAUGCAGAGAGAAAUGCAGAGCAGGCAGAGAGAAACGCUUCCAUGCGAUCUCUUCUCAGAAAACGCCGGGAAGAGCCGCGCGAAGAACAAGCCGCGGCAGCUCCCGAGGCGUUUAUGGGUGUCACCAACGCGAAAAGCGUCCCCUCGAGAAGGGCAGUGGCCGACGAGGGCCAACCACCAUGGUUCGUUCCACGGCCCCACAUCGACAAUGCGGUUCUCCGCUUGCACGAGGAGAUCUUAGACUUCGUCGACUUCAUGCAGCAUACUCAAGAGGAGGUGCAUGCCCGGCGAAGAUGGGUGCAGACCAUCAAGGACACCUGCAAGGCUUUGUGGCCAGGCUGCAAGGUCUCGGUUUUUGGAUCCUUCUUCACCGGCCUCUCCCUGCCCAAUGGAGAUGUGGAUGUCGCAGUCACCGAUGUCGCGUGCAAGACAGGUACUGCGAUGAAGAUGCUGGCGGAUCAGCUACUCUCCAAGGGAGAGAUUAGCUGGUUGGAAAUCAUCGAGACAGCGAAGGUGCCGGUGAUCAAGGUUCGGUCGCAGUCAUGUGGCCUUCGUGCCGAUGUGGUCUUCAGUCAGCCGGAUGGCAUGGACUCCUCCAAGUUCAUCCGCUCCAAGCUGAAGGAGUAUCCGCAGAUGAAGCCAUUGCUUCUAUUCCUGAAGUACUUCCUUCUCCAGCGAGGGCUCCACGAGACAUACACAGGUGGUAUGGGCUCCUACCUCCUCUGCAACGUGGUUCUUCAUUUCCUCCAGAGGCAUCCGUCAUCCCGGAGUGCCCGCCAGUAUGCCGGAACUUCGUUGGGACACCUGCUCUUCGACUUCCUGAAGUACUAUGGGCAGGAGUUCAACUACAAGGAUCAGGGCAUCUCGGUUCUCGAUGGCGGAUCGACCUUCGCGAAGGCUGGCCGUUUCCCCGAGAGGAAGCAGCGAGGCCCGCACGACAGUUGGGGACCAAAAGUGCAACUGUGCCUGGAGUCCCCUCUGGCUCCGGACAUGGACUUGGGUGGGGCUUGCUUUCGCAUGCCCGUCCUGCGGAAUCUCUUCCAUCAUGGGUUUCACUGUAUUUGCCACCUCUUCGUGUCUCGUUCGCCACCGGAGGUGUCGAUGCUCUGCCCCUUGCUGAUAGACCCAGCGCAUCCGGUCAUCACGGACCGGUUCAAGCUAAUGUCCGAGCAGCCGGCAGCCCUUCCGGGAAUGAAGCGGAAGGUCUCCCAGGCAGAGAUCCUGGUGGAAACGACCACCGCCCCGAAGAAGGCUGCGAAGCCGACAAGUUUAGCAGCGAUGAAUGACGAGGCCGAAAAACUGGUGGAGUCCACGACGGCCCCGAAGAAGGUGCUUGCAACAUCUGGGCAAGGCUCUCUUGUGCUGUUCAACACAGCAGGAGCAGGUGGGGCAGGAGGACUGAGGAGGAGCAGGAGAGGCAGUAUAGCAGCUAUGGAGGAGGAGGCAUCCCUACACCCCUAA